AUGGUGUCCUUCCCGCUGCGCCGGGAGCUCAAGUUCGCGCUGAUCGUGGCCGCGCAGCUGCUGCUCUUCGGCCUCUUUCUGCUCUACGCGCCAGCGCAUGACGGCGGCCUGCUGAGUAGCCGCGUGCCGCCGCCCAACGCGCUGCGCCGCUGCAUCUCCAGCGCGCACCGCGACCUGCGCUACGUGAGACCGGGCGUGUGCGUCACGUCGGAGCAGCGGCUGCGCGCGCUGGAGGACCUCGUGUACGCGCUCAAGGUGAUGCUGGAGAACGCCAAGGUGGCGUACUGGAUCGACAGCGGCACCUUAUUAGGGGUCUACAGGGCUCGACAGCUCGUUCCGUGGGACUACAACGCCGAUAUGGGGGUCACCAUGCCCGGACUCGAGUACCUCCGCACCAUCAACAAGGAGGAGCUUGAGGUGCCCGAGGGCUACGAGCUUACCGUGUUCAAUAGCUCACUGUACGAGGCGGGAGACACGUCGACGGCGGUGCCUGCGAGGUUCGUGGACACGAAAUUCGGCUUCUACGCGAACAUUUUCGCGUUUAAGGAGUUCGAGGGGCUCUUCAAGGACGACGUGAGGCCGGCGACUGCCCCGGAAGUGGAGGAGGACGUGGUGGGGAAUGGCGUGGUGGUGGAGAAGCUGAUGGGGCCCGAGCCGUCGGAGAUUUGGCAGCGAUGUAUGCAUUGCCCCGUGCACUUCCGAGUGCCGAGGGAUUGGAUCUUCCCGCUGCGGAUGUGCAAGCUCGAGCUGUUCGAAGUCGUGUGCCCCGCUCAGAUGGCGCCGUACUUGAUGUUCAUCUUCGGGAACAGGUUCCUGACGCCGGAGCUGUGGGAGUGA